AAACAUUCAUAAUAAAAAAAAAAAAAAAAAGAAAGAAAAUGGCAGGGGAGCCAGUUUCUUUCAAGCCAGUAACUCAUGUUGUCUUCGACAUGGAUGGGCUUUUAUUGGAUACAGAAAGGCUAUAUACAGUUUCCUACCAGGAGAUUUGUGAUCGUUUUGGAAAGAAGUAUACCUGGGAAGUGAAAUCCUUAGUGAUGGGUAAAAAAGCGUUAGAUGCUGCUAGAAUAAUCCGGGACUCCCUGGAGCUCCCAAUGACUCCUGAAGAACUUUUAGAGGAAAGUCGAAAGAAACAAGAAAAACUAUUUGCUUCAGCUAAGCUGAUGCCAGGAGUUGAAAAGCUGAUCCACCAUCUGCACAAACACAACAUACCCAUGGCAGUCGCUACCAGCUCUGAGAGAGUGACAUUUGAAAUGAAAACAAGCAGACACAAAGAGUUCUUCGAUUUGUUUCAUCAUAUUGUGCUUGGAGAUGACCAAGAUGUAAAGAAUGGCAAGCCACAGCCCGAUUCCUUUCUGGUUUGUGCUAAAAGGUUUAACCCGCUGUCUUCCCCUGAAAAGUGCCUUGUUUUUGAAGACGCUCCAAAUGGUGUGCUUGCUGGUCUGGCUGCGGGAAUGCAGGUUGUGAUGAUCCCUGAUGAAAAUCUUAAUCCAGAGCUGACAAAAAAAGCAACAUUGGUUCUAAAAACAAUGGAGGACUUUAAACCGGAACUGUUUGGCCUCCCAGCGUACAACUGAAACCUGUCCAAUUUCCUAAUGAAAACAUUUAAUAAACAUCUUUGUUGAACAAAAUGCAUAUUCAGAACAGGUUUUUGAAUAAAAAAAUUAUUGGGAACAAUAUUUAUCUAAUAAGUGAUAUCAGUACAAAUAGUAGGAGUAUGCCAGCAAUGACAGAACAAAUAUUUUAUAAAUGCAAGUUAUUAUAAUUUGCUUUGUUUUGUAGAAGGCUGUUAUAAUUAACUGUAACCUGGCAACCACUAAUGGUUCUCAUUGAUGGGUAGGAGUAGGCGAAGAAUGUUUCAAAAGAAGUACUACUAAUCUGUUUAAUAGUCGUGAAUACAAAUACAAUAUUAGUUUUUUUUCAAGGAUAACACCAUUCAAAUUAAAAAAGUCAGGCUAUUUUUCUUUUUAGUGUAAAAAAUAAUGUUAAAACCAUUGUCAUGAUGAGCUAUUUAGUGUUUAUGACAUGGUUUUCAUUCUCUUUUAUUAGAUGUACAAUUUUUAGCUCGUACAUUAGCAUGCAAUACAAGUGGUGUUGAAUGACUUCCAUAUUUAGUGAUUCAGAAGAAGUAUAAAUAUAUCACGUUUUUACUCUGUUGUUUAAAGUGUUACUGGCAGCCAUAGAAAAUAUGAACAUCUUUGCAAUUUUUUGUUCUUAUUUACAUAUCAAUGAAUAUUUUAUUAUUUUAAGACAUUUGCAUACCCAUACACCCACUCAUACAGUGCUUUUCAUACAGCAUGCUAACCACUGCCUUCAUAAGAUGUUCUUUCUUGAUGGAAUUUCUCAAAAGUUUCAUUUGUGUGUUAAAAGGGUUUUGAAAAAAGUUCUGAUAUGCACAGAAAACAAAUAUGCUGGGGGGGGGUUGAUGAUUUCAGUACAUUCUUCUAGAGCUACAGAUUAUGUUUAGUUUUUAAAUGUCAUCUACAAUAUUGUAUUAGUAUGUACCUUUAUUUAACAGACUUUUUUUAAUAUUAUACAAUCAAAACAUAAAUCAUAACAUAGUUUUACUGUGAAUUGCUUUUAGAUUACAUGUCAUAAAGGGUCGAAAUAAAUAAAAUGUUUAAAAAAGAAUAUACCUUCUAAUGUUUUACACAAAAGACCACUGUAAAAUCCAUAUAAAAGUAAAUAGCCUUUCGCCCGAUAUACACUGACCGAUGCGAUCGUCGCAUAACACACUAGAUGAAGCGAGGGAAUCACAGCAUUAAACAUGUUUCAGCGAGCCGAAUGAAAUUGAUAGGCUGAUCCUGUACUAUCACAACGCAAAGCAUAAUACACUGCCUGAUGUGACUGUCAUGGGAUUCAAGGGACACACCUGCACUAAAAGAAGGGACGGGAGUUUAGGGGCGGGAUAUUGUGUUGCAAUGUUGUAAUAUUGUUGGUGGGCUGUGGGCUAUUUAAAGGGAGUCUGAGUUCCUCAGGGCAUAGUGUGGGGAAGCUCGCAUUGAGUGCUGUGUACAGCUGUCAACUGAAUAAAAAAGUGCUGUUCCAAACCAAAGCUACCUUGUCUAGU